AUGACCGAUAAACAAGCUCCAAUUGAUGUGGAACAGAUCAAAUCUGAUCAUCUACCAACUGGAACAGUAGUCGAAACAUUACCUGGCCGUUUUGAAUUACGUACCGAUAAUCCAUGGGAAGAAAUUUGUGGUCAUACACGUGCUGUUAGGCGUGGCCCCUUUGUUAUCAUCGCUGGUACAACAGCUAGUGAUGUAACAAAAGGAGUUCUUCACCCUACAAGUACUUACAAUCAAGCUGUAGUUAUCUUUGAACGCAUCAAACAUGCAUUAACAACGAUCGGUGCUCAAUUAACAGAUGUUGUUCGUGUGCGAAUGUUCAUUAUCGAUAUUGCCGAUCAAGAUGAAGUUUGUCGAGCAUUUAAGGAAACAUUUCAUUCGUAUGAUAUGCGUGUUGAAAUCGAAGCUGAUGCCAUUGUUAUGCAACAAUGA